GUCAGAGUGCGUCUCACCCCUGGCGACCCCGGAAGUGGGUCGGGGGCUUGGCCUCUGCCCGGCCGCAGAGCCGGGGCUGGAGGUGCUAGCCCGACCCGCGGUGAACCCCGGGCAAAGCCCGGGGCACGGGUUUCAAGAUGCUGAACGUCCCGUCCCAGUCUUUCCCGGCCCCCAGGUCUCAGCAGCGUGUCGCCGCCGGGGGGCGUAGCAAGGUACCUUUAAAACAGGGCAGAAGCCUUAUGGAUUGGAUUCGACUGACCAAAAGUGGAAAGGAUCUAACAGGAUUAAAAGGCAGGUUAAUUGAAGUAACUGAAGAAGAACUUAAAAAACACAACAAAAAAGAUGAUUGUUGGAUAUGCAUAAGAGGUUUCGUUUAUAAUGUCAGCCCUUAUAUGGAGUAUCAUCCUGGUGGAGAAGAUGAACUAAUGAGAGCAGCAGGAUUAGAUGGUACUGAACUGUUUGAUCAGGUUCAUCGUUGGGUCAAUUAUGAAUCCAUGCUGAAAGAAUGCCUGGUUGGCAGAAUGGCAGUUAAACCUGCUGUUCUGAAAGACUAUCGUGAGGAGGAAAAGAAAGUCUUAAAUGGCAUGCUUCCCAAGAGCCAGGUGACAGAUACGCUUGCCAAAGAAGGUCCUAGUUAUCCAAGCUAUGAUUGGUUCCAGACAGAUUCUUUAGUCACCAUUGCCAUAUAUACUAAGCAGAAGAAUAUCAAUUUAGACUCAAUAAUAGUUGAUCAUCAGGAUGAUUCCUUUAGAGCAGAAACAAUUAUUAAGGAUUGUUUAUAUCUAAUACAUAUUGGGUUAAGCCAUGAGGUUCAGGAAGAUUUUUCUGUGCGGGUUAUUGAAAGUGUGGGAAAAAUAGAGAUUGUUCUAAAGAAAAAAGAGAAUACUUCUUGGAACUUUCUUGGCCAUCCCCUGGAGAAUCAUCAUUCACUUAUUCCAAGGAAAGAUGCGGGUUUGUACUACAGAAAGUGCCAGUUAAUUUCCAAGGAAGAUGUCACUCAUGACACAAGGCUUUUCUGUUUGAUGCUGCCACCAAGCACUCAUCUUCAAGUGCCCAUUGGGCAACAUGUUUACCUCAAGCUACCUAUUACAGGUACAGAAAUAGUAAAGCCAUAUACACCUGUAUCUGGUUCCUUAUUCUCAGAGUUCAAGGAACCAGUUCUUCCCAACAAUAAAUACAUCUACUUUUUGAUAAAAAUCUAUCCCACUGGACUCUUCACACCAGAGCUUGAUCGUCUUCAGAUUGGAGAUUUUGUUUCUGUGAGCAGUCCUGAGGGCACUUUUAAAAUAUCCGAGUUCAAAGAAUUAGAAGAUCUCUUUUUGUUGGCAGCUGGAACAGGCUUCACACCAAUGGUUAAAAUACUGAAUUAUGCUUUGACUGAUAUACCCACUCUCAGGAAAGUGAAGCUGAUGUUCUUCAAUAAAACAGAGGAUGAUAUAAUUUGGAGAAGCCAGUUGGAGAAAUUAGCAAUUAAAGAUAAAAGGCUGGAUGUUGAAUUUGUUCUCUCAGCACCUACUUCUGAAUGGAAUGGCAAACAGGGACAUAUUUCACCAGCUCUUCUUUCUGAAUUUUUGAAAAGAAAUUUGGACAAAUCCAAAGUACUUGUCUGCAUUUGUGGACCAGCGCCAUUUACAGAACAAGGAAUAAGGUUGCUGCAUGAUCUCAACUUUUCCAAAAAUGAGAUCCACAGUUUUACAGCAUAAUGAAGAGCUGUCAUUAUCCUUUAUUCAGCUAGUUUAUCUAAAUUUGUGAUUGCUUAGGGUUUUUUAAGAGAACAUUUUUGUACAUAAUAAAAGGUUAACUAGAAUCCAGGCUUCAGUUUCUUAAAUGAAAUCAAAUGUUCCUUAAGUACAGGUAACUUCUUGGCUUUUUUAUGUACCAUAACUUAUUUUGCUACUGAUACUUGACCUGAAAAGUUAAUCAUAGCAACUAAUACAUACAGGAUUCUUUGUUAGGAAUCACAAAUUUUCUUGCCAUAUAAAUUGUAUCACUGUUCUACAAUAAGCACUUGUGUUUUAUGACACAAUAAAGUAAAUGAUCACCUCGAUCACAUUUCUAUGCUGUAAAAUGUCUUAUUAGCAAUACAGAUUAAAUUUUACAUUGCACUGUUAACUCAGGAAAUGAUCGUUUAUGUCCUUGUUAUUAAAACAUAGAAUGUUAUAACUUAUUAAGUGAUACAAACAUUGUUAUGUGUAUGUAUGGCAUUGGUGCAGAAUAGAAUAAAAUCAUACUUAAGUUCUUUUUAA